AUGAAUUUCCAACCCAUCUCAUUGCUCGCCUCCACCCCCGAGCUCCAAUUUUGCGGUCCUUCCUCCACAUUCUACCGCAUCUCCUAUAUCACCGGACGUCUCAUAGAGGUUCGAAAACUGAUCGACAUCCACCAAGACGAUUUACCAACCCGCUGGGCCACCUACGAAGAGCAUCUCAAACACUACCACAGGGCCCGAUUGAGCAGGUUCAUAGCAUCAUGCGGGAAGCACGAAGAACGCAGCUCCACGGCUGUUUGGGUCACAACAACGCUCAGUGAUCUCACCACGAAGGAAGCGAGUCUUAAGGACCUUGUUAAGAUGCUGCAUGACAACUACCAAUGGAUGGCGGAGAAAGUUAGCUUGCUGCAGAAAGAGGAGCGAAGGUUGGUGGAGGAACUCGAGAUAGACCACAUCAGGAUGGAACGAGAUGGACUCUUUACCUCCGAUAUCUCGUGGAAGGCUGAGGUGUUCAUAAGGAAAGCAGAUGGGUCGAAAGUGACGAUGGAUGGCCUCGAUGCGUCGGACAAUAUCUUUCAGCCGGAACAGUGA